CUCCCGCGGACCCCGUCCAUCGCGGCUGUUGGCUCUGCGGUCUGGGUGUCGCGCGCGCGGGUCUGAGUGGGAGGAAAGCGUCGGUUGGCGAAGGGAGGCUCUGAGGCCCCGGACGGCAGAACCCUGGAGGACAAGAUGACUGGGUCAAAUGAAUUUAAGUUGAACCAACCACCAGAAGAUGGAAUCUCAUCAGUGAAAUUCAGUCCCAACACAUCUCAGUUUUUGCUCGUUUCAUCUUGGGACACUUCUGUUCGAUUGUAUGAUGUUCCUGCCAACAGCAUGAGGCUCAAGUAUCAACACACAGGAGCUGUGCUUGACUGUGCCUUUUAUGAUCCCACACAUGCCUGGAGUGGAGGAUUAGAUCGACAGUUAAAAAUGCAUGACUUAAACACCGAUCAAGAAAAUCUUGUUGGCACACAUGAUGCUCCUAUCAGAUGUGUAGAAUAUUGCCCAGAGGUGAAUGUAAUGGUAACAGGGAGUUGGGAUCAAACAGUCAAGUUAUGGGACCCCAGAACACCCUGUAAUGCAGGAACUUUUUCUCAGCCUGAAAAGGUGUAUACACUGUCUGUAUCUGGUGACAGACUGAUAGUGGGAACAGCUGGUCGGAGAGUUCUGGUGUGGGACUUAAGGAAUAUGGGUUAUGUUCAACAGAGAAGAGAAUCAAGUCUAAAAUAUCAAACUCGUUGCAUCAGAGCAUUUCCUAACAAACAGGGUUAUGUGUUAAGCUCUAUAGAAGGCCGUGUUGCAGUUGAAUAUUUGGAUCCAAGUCUGGAGGUGCAGAAGAAAAAAUAUGCUUUCAAAUGUCAUAGACUGAAGGAGAAUAACAUUGAACAUAUUUAUCCAGUUAAUGCCAUCUCUUUCCACAAUGUCCAUAACACAUUUGCCACAGGUGGUUCUGAUGGUUUUGUCAAUAUCUGGGAUCCAUUCAAUAAAAAGAGACUCUGCCAGUUCCAUCGCUAUCCUACCAGUAUAGCAUCACUAGCCUUCAGUAAUGAUGGAACCACUCUUGCAAUAGCAUCAUCAUAUAUGUAUGAAAUGGAUGACAUUGAACAUCCUGAAGAUGGUAUCUAUAUUCGCCAAGUGACAGAUGCCGAAACAAAACCCAAACUUGGAGUCCACGGUCUCGCUCUUCGCCAGAGGGAUCAAAUAAAGUCUACUUAACGUCGGACCAACAUGCUUCAAUAUCUGUCUCCCUCAUAAGAUGUCUCCUAUCUACUUCUGACAAGACUUGUUUAAAAUAAACCACUGUAUUAAAUAAAGAUUUGUUUUAAUAUGAUGCUUUCAAUGAAACUAGUGUUAGUGUAAUAGUUUAGUGUGCUCUUUAUCACAGGUGAAGAACAUCUAUUGAUCCAGAUAAUAUUGAAUAGCAAUGCUUAUUAGCCCUACCUAGCAUAACCAGCAGUGAGUGAUGUUGUCAACAACAUUUGGAGGACUACAUGUUCCCCAUCCUUGCUCUAUAUUAUUAUUUUAGCACAUGCAGGAAUCAGUGUUUUCUUCACAUGAACAAUAAACUGUUCUGUAAGACAGAUUGUUCCUUUGAAAUCUUACAUUUUUGUAGUUGAACUUUUGUACAGAUUUAAUAAUGGCUUAACUGUUUGAAUAAAUAAUAUUUUCAAAACAA